UUUACCGAGAACAAAAAACGAAUGUUUGAAUUUAAUUAUUUAUAGCUUGUGAUUAAUAUGUUCAUUAUGAGUUGUUUCAAAAAUUAUCUUACAUUUUUAUUGCGUACAAUAUUUUUCCGCAAAUUUCUAUUUAAAUCCAUGUAAUCCUAAAAAUCACCAUGUUGGGACGAAAACAAAGCCUAAAAGGCGAGCCAGUGUUAGCCGAUUACGGCCCAGAGGAAUCUCUAAAUGAAAGUGCCGAUAUUGAAUGGGUAAAUAAGCUAUGGGUCAGAAGAAUUUUACGUUUUUGUGCUCUUCUUAGUUUGAUGUCAGUUUCCUUAAACACACCUAAAUCUUUUGAAAAAUAUCCUUAUCUUCAGACAGUUACUUUUGCAGUCGACUGUUGUGUCACACUGUUGUUUACAGCUGAAAUGAUUGCUAAAAUGCAUAUAAGAGGAAUUCUUAAGUACUCAAAAUAUAGAAAAGUGCUUAAUUAUUAUAAAAUUGUAAUUGCUUGUCAGGGAGAUGUUGCAUACUUGAAAGAUCACUGGUGUCAGUUUGAUGCUUCAAUGGUAUUUUUUCUUUGGGUAUCUGUUUUACUCCAAAUGUUCGAGCUGACAGGAAUUGUGCCUAGAUACAGUUACUUAAGUAUUUUAAGAGCACCCAGACCCCUUAUAAUGAUUAGAUUUUUGAGGGUCUUUCUGAAAUUCUCCAUGCCAAAAUCUAGAAUAAAUCAAAUAUUCAAGAGAUCAAGCCAACAAAUCUACAAUGUGACCUUAUUUUUUCUCUUCUUUAUGUCAUUGUACAGUUUAUUGGGUGUGCAAUUUUUUGGAGAAUUGACCCAUCACUGUGUGAGAAAUAAUACAUAUCCAAAUGAAAUCACUAUCAACUCAUUGGCUAUACCUGAUACGUUUUGUUCGCCUGAACCAAAUUCAGGGUACCAAUGUCCAGCAGGAAUGAAAUGUAUGAAGCUGAAUUUGUCAAAAUAUAUAAUGGGGUUCAAUGGAUUUGAAGAAUUUGCAACUAGUUUAUUUACUGUAUAUCAAGCAUCUUCUCAGGAAGGUUGGGUGUUUAUAAUGUAUAGAGCUAUUGAUUCAUUGCCUGCUUGGAGAUCUGCUCUUUAUUUUAGUACAAUGAUAUUCUUUCUGGCCUGGCUUGUGAAAAAUGUGUUCAUAGCUGUUAUAACUGAAACAUUCAAUGAAAUAAGAGUGCAAUUCCAACAAAUGUGGGGUGUCAGAAAUCCAAUUACAAAAGGCAGCACAACACAAUUUUUCACUGGAGAUGACAAUGGAUGGAAAUUGGUAACAAUUGAUGAGAACAAACAUUCAGGAAGUGCACCCAAUGCAUUUCAUAAAACAUUGCGCUCAGCUUACUUUCGACUUCUUGUUAUGGGGGUGGUUUUGGCGAAUGGAAUUAUAACAGCAACUAUGAAUUUCAAGCAUGACGAUAAUCCAAGGGAGUUUUUCUAUGAAAAAUACUAUUAUAUAGAGAUUGCAUUUACAAUUUUCUUGGAUUUGGAAGCUUUAAUAAAAAUAUGGUGUCUUGGAUGGAAGGGAUAUUUCAAACAUUCUGUUCACAAGUUUGAAUUACUUCUGGCUAUCGGAACUACAAUUCAUAUAAUCCCGCAACUUUAUAUGUCUGGUUUUACGUAUUUUCAGGUUCUGCGAGUUGUACGCCUUAUCAAAGCAUCACCUUUGUUGGAAGGAUUUGUAUACAAAAUCUUUGGGCCAGGGAAGAAAUUGGGUAGCCUCAUUAUAUUUACAAUGUGUUUGCUGAUUAUAAGUUCUUCUAUUUCCAUGCAAAUGUUUUGUUUCCUAUGUGAAUUUACGAAAUUCGAGACUUUUCCGGAGGCUUUUAUGUCUAUGUUCCAAAUACUGACUCAAGAAGCAUGGGUGGAAGUGAUGGACGAAACUAUGGUGCGGACGAGCCAAACAUUGACACCUCUAGUUGCUAUUUACUUCAUACUUUAUCACCUAUUUGUUACGCUGAUUGUGCUAUCGCUAUUCGUAGCAGUGAUUUUGGAUAAUUUGGAAUUGGACGAAGACAUAAAAAAGCUCAAGCAAUUAAGAUACAGACAACAGAGUGCCGAAAUAAAGGAGAGCUUGCCCUUUCGGUUGAGAAUAUUUGAGAAAUUUCCUGAUAGCCCACAAAUGACUAAGUUGCACAAAGUUCCCGGAGAUUUUAAUUUACCUAAGGUUCGCGAGUCGUUCAUGCGACAAUUCGUCUGCGAAGUGGAUGGAGACGAGGAAGUGGGUGCGGUGGGAGUGACGGGGACAGUAGCAGUGGGCACGCGCUCACAAGUUGGCGAUUUGUCUCGUCGUGCGUUCGAGUACAUAGGCGUCGACAAGAUCGCCUUCCCAUAUCGCAAGCGCUGCCUUGUCAAGACGCUGACGGUGGCGCCGCCGUCCCAGCGACCAAGUUCAGCGCUGCGGAGACACGUCGUCGCUUCCAUUAUCAAUGAUUCUAACAACCAUCGUCGUCUGGUGCUCGGAGAUUCGGCAAUGUUGGCGACGGGCGGCAAAUCCGGUCUAAAACCCCAAGGAACGGUGUCCAGUGCAAAACAGCUGCGAGUCGAUCAGAAAAAAUUCGGUUCGAGAUCCAUUCGUCGAUCGGUUCGCAGUGGGUCGAUCAAACUGAAGCAAACGUACGAACAUCUGCUGGAGAACGGCGACAUUGGUGCGGCGUCGCGCGUUGUGCCAUCGUCGCGUGCCCGCCCACCCUACCUCGAUAUACGCCUUCUGCAGGCCAAGAGGCAACAGGCAGAGAUGAGACGGAACCAACGGGAAGAAGACUUACGUGAAAAUCACCCGUUAUUCGAUACCCCGCUUCUCAUAGUUCCGAGGGAAUCACGCUUCCGCAAAAUAUGUCGUGCUAUCGUGGAUGCAAGAUAUGACGCACGCUUAAGGGACCCUGUGACUGGAAACGAAAGAAAAGUCCAUUAUAAAAGUUUCCACAACUUUCUAGGGCUUGUCACGUACUUAGACUGGGUAAUGAUUAUGGUUACCACACUGUCGUGUCUUUCAAUGAUGUUUGAAACACCCACGUAUCGUGUUAUGGAAAAUUUUGUACUACAGAUUGCAGAAUAUGGAUUUGUGGUUUUCAUGAGUCUUGAAUUGGCACUAAAGAUAUUGGCGGAUGGAUUAUUCUUUACCCCUAAAGCUUACCUCAAAGACGCUGCUGCUGUGUUGGAUGUUUUCAUUUAUAUAGUGUCGCUAACCUUUCUGUGUUGGAUGCCCGUGCGUGUGCCACCCGGAUCGGCGGCGCAGAUGCUCAUGAUUCUGCGCUGCGUUCGCCCGUUGCGCAUCUUCACGCUCGUGCCGCAUAUGCGCAAGGUCGUCUACGAGCUUUGCCGCGGCUUCAAGGAGAUCCUGUUGGUAUCAACGCUUUUAAUUUUGCUGAUGUUUGUGUUUGCAAGCUAUGGCGUUCAGUUGUAUGGAGGAAGAUUGGCUCGUUGCAACGAUCCAACGAUUACACGACGCGAGGAUUGCGUUGGCGUAUUCAUGAGGCGUGUGUUCGUUACCAAGAUGAAGCUGCGUCCAGGGCCCAACGAAACCUUUCCGUCUAUGCUCGUGCCGAGAGUUUGGGCCAAUCCAAAGCGUUUCAACUUCGAUAACAUCGGUGACGCACUCUUAACCCUGUUCGAAGUGCUCUCUUUCAAGGGUUGGUUAGAUGUUCGAGAUGUAUUGAUAAAAGCUUUGGGUCCCGUACAUGCAAUAUACAUUCAUGUAUACAUAUUCUUGGGUUGUAUGAUUGGACUGACCCUGUUUGUUGGCGUUGUGAUUGCAAACUAUUCAGAAAAUAAAGGAACUGCAUUGCUAACUGUUGAUCAGAGGAGAUGGUGUGACUUAAAGAAAAGAUUGAAAAUCGCUCAGCCUUUACACCUUCCUCCUCGACCCGAUGGCAGAAAAGUGCGUGCGUUUGCUUAUGACGUCACACAAAACUUGUCAUUUAAAAGAGUAAUCGCUAUCGUCGUACUUAUCAACAGCGGCUUAUUGGCAGUGACGUGGUCGCGGCACUCUUCGAACACCGCCCGUCUAGCUCUGACGUCGGCGCUGCUGACAUUAGUGUUCGUGGUGGAGGUGCUGCUAAAGACCGUCGCGUUCACGCCGCGCGGCUACUGGCAGAGCCGCCGAAACCGCUACGAUCUACUCGUCACCGUCGCUGGGUGCAUCUGGAUAUUCAUGCACUUCACUCUCCAAAACGAUCUGUCAUACUUCGUUGGGUUCAUGGUAGUGAUACUACGGUUCUUCACGAUUACUGGCAAGCACACGACACUCAAGAUGUUGAUGCUCACAGUCGGUGUAAGCGUCUGCAAGAGCUUCUUCAUCAUAUUCGGCAUGUUCUUACUGGUUUUCUUCUACGCACUGGCAGGCACAAUUGUGUUUGGAAACGUUAAAUAUGGGGAAGGUAUCGGAAGGCGCGCGAACUUCAACUCGCCGAUCCACAGUGUGGCGAUGUUAUUCCGCAUAGUCACAGGGGAGGACUGGAACAAGAUCAUGCACGAUUGCAUGGUUGCGCCGCCCUACUGCACACCCGCGGAUAACUACUGGGAGACAGACUGCGGAAACUUCACCGCCUCGCUUGCGUACUUCUGUACCUUCUACGUGAUUAUCACAUACAUCGUGCUGAACUUGCUUGUGGCUAUCAUCAUGGAAAACUUUUCAUUAUUCUACUCAAAUGAAGAAGAUGCUCUUUUGUCGUACGCCGAUAUAAGGAAUUUCCAAAAUACUUGGAAUAUAGUUGAUGUACAUCAAAAGGGAGUUAUCCCGGUUCGAAAGGUGAAAUUCAUAUUGCGUUUGUUAAAAGGCCGCUUGGAGUGUGACACGCAUAAGGAACGACUUUUGUUCAAGUACAUGUGCUAUGAACUGGAAAGAUUACAUAAUGGCGAAGACGUGACGUUCCAUGAUGUUAUCAAUAUGCUUUCGUAUCGCACAGUCGAUAUCCGGAAAUCUUUGCAAAUGGAGGAAUUGUUAGCACGCGAAGAAUUCGAGUUUCUAAUUGAAGAGGAGGUUGCAAAGCAAACAAUACGCACUUGGCUCGAAGGAUGCCUCAAGAAGAUCCGCGCUAACAGCAGUAAGCAACAAACAAGUCUAAUAGCAGGUCUCAGAAAAACAAACGAACAACCUGUAGAGUUAAGCAGCGAGAAGGAAAAGGAGAAACAGGAUGCCGAGGCACAGCAGGCAGCCGCUAAUACUGGUCGCACUGAAAUUACAGAAUCUACAUCGCAACCAAUUAUGUCAAUUGUUACAUCAUCGCUGGACACUCAACCGAAGCGCUCAUCCGGUAAAGGCCAAUUUAAAAGAUCGGGACUGCCUUCAGUAACGAUACCGAGACCUGAGAGUCCUGUUAAGAAAUACUUACAGCCAACGUUGAGCGACCCACACCCGACUCUUAACAAAAAACCAACAACACCAGCGGCAGGCACGGCCAGCGCGACAACGAAGAGCAACCGUGCGCACGCGCAGCAUAACAGUGCGGGCGCGCCGCACGCAGCGCUUCACGACGUGCACUCGUGGUGGGGCGCACGCCUCGUCGAGAACGUCCAUUAGCCGCUACCCUUCUGGACUAUAGAACGAAACAACAAAGUAAUGAAUUUACAAAAUAAACUAGCCAUUUGCGAGACGGACUCGCGCACGAAGGGUUCCGUACCAUGAUCAAUUAACAUUGCAAAAAAAGUGAUGUCUUAUUUCUUAUGUCUAUUUUAAUUUAACUAUUCAUUUGUACAACGUGUUAAUCGAUAUAAUAUUCCACAGGCUUAAGAGGUACAUUAUGUCUGUCUCUGAGAUAAGUCAUCUGUGAAACCGAAAACCUAAUAGUUUUUGA